AGGCUGGGGGAGGGGGAACGGGAGUCAGUCUUGGGGGCUGGGUAGUAAAAAGCAAAAGGAGUGACUAGGCUGCGCUUCAGCCACCCUUUGCUUGAUUUUGUCUCCGCAAACUUCUGAGUUGCAACCUCCAGCACAGGUCUUGGGCUGUUUUAUUCAUUUCCUUCCACUGUUUGCUUGUGUUUUCCUGGAUUUCUUUAAGGAUGUGGUGCCAUAAGUUGUUGCACCUACAAAGCAGGCUGCAGAAUUUGAUGAAGAGAGGAGACAUAGGCCAAGCUCUUCACCUGUCCAACUUUAAAAGUUUAUUUUCCUUAUCCAUCCAUUGGUGCCAUACAUCUUCCAAGUCUGUGAAUUGUACUUGGCUCCAACAUGAAGAUCAUUUGGAGCUGCAAUAUGCUAAUGCUGUAAUGCGCUUUGAUUAUGUCUGGCUUCGAGACCACUGCCGCUCAGCAUCGUGCUAUAAUUCUAAGACUCAUCAACGGAGCCUGGAUACUGCCAGUGUGGAUUUAUGUAUCAAGCCAAAGACCAUUCGCCUGAAUGAAUCCACACUCUUCUUCACUUGGCCAGAUGGUCAUGUGACUAGAUAUGAUCUGGAUUGGCUGGUGAAAAAUAGCUACGAAGGGCAGAAACUAAAGGUAAUCCAACCUAGAAUAUUAUGGAAUGCUGAACUCUAUCAGCAAGCCCAAGUUCCAUCUGUAGAUUUCCAGAGUUUCUUAGAAACAAACGAUGAACUGAAGAAGUUUCUGCAGAACCUUCUGCUAUAUGGAAUUGCAUUUGUAGAAAAUGUCCCUCCCACUCAAGAGCAUACAGAGAAGUUGGCAGAAAGGAUCAGUUUAAUCAGAGAAACCAUCUAUGGAAGGAUGUGGUAUUUCACUUCAGAUUUUUCCAGAGGUGACACUGCCUACACCAAGCUAGCUCUAGAUCGGCACACUGACACUACCUACUUUCAAGAGCCCUGUGGCAUUCAAGUUUUUCAUUGUCUUAAGCAUGAAGGAACAGGUGGCAGGACACUGUUAGUGGAUGGAUUCUAUGCAGCACAACAAGUACUUCAAAAAGCACCUGAGGAAUUUGAACUCCUCAGCAAAGUGCCAUUGAAGCAUGAAUAUAUUGAAAAUGUUGGAGAAUGUCACAACCACAUGAUUGGGAUUGGGCCAGUCUUAAAUAUCUACCCAUGGAAUAAAGAGCUCUAUUUGAUCAGGUACAACAACUAUGACCGGGCUGUCAUCAACACUGUUCCUUAUGAUGUUGUCCAUCGUUGGUAUACAGCACACCGAACCCUAACAACUGAAUUGAGAAGGCCUGAGAAUGAGCUUUGGGUCAAACUGAAGCCUGGAAAGGUACUGUUUAUAGACAAUUGGCGAAUCCUUCAUGGCAGGGAAUCAUUCACUGGUUACCGCCAACUCUGUGGCUGCUAUUUAACAAGAGAUGAUGUGCUAAAUACUGCUCGUCUCUUGGGGCUUCAUGCUUAAAAUUGAAAGCCCUGGGAUAUGAGUACACUUGGCCUCCUGCUACCAGAAUUUUGUAUCAACACAACAAUAUUAUGUCAAUAUUUGUUUUACUUUGUCUCCUUUCUAUUCUAUGAAACAGAAGAUUUUCCUUACUUUACCAGGAAAAACCUGUUAAAAAGGGGCUUCUAAAUUACCUAAUGUCAUCCAUCUACUAGGGUAACUGUCUUCCCAAGUUAUAUGAUCCUCCUCUUUCCCAAACUUUUUGAUGUAAUUAAUCACUGUAGUUUAAGAAAUGUAAUCUCCAUAUUAAAAGGAAACUAAUAUUAUGUAAUUUGUCUUCUGCUAAAUCAGAAUGCCAUAUAUUCUAGAAAUGACAAAAUUUUGAUAAAGCAACAUUUGUGAAACGUUUUCAUCUUUUAUAAUACAUUUGACUAAUAAUAUGUGCUUACUUAUAUUUUGAAUAUAUCCUAUGAUAUUUUCUAGUUUCUUCCAAUUUCAGCAGAUGAUGGAAUAUUGCUUUUCUAUUUAAUGACUGAAUAGUAUUCCAUUGUGACACAUUUUUGUUACCUGUUAAUGGAAAGCAAGGUUGAUUCCUUAUUUUAGCUACUGUGAAUAAUAGAUUGAAAACCCUGGUCAUGCAGAUUUGCUGUGAUAAACAGAUUUAAUUUUCUAUUGGUGUGUAAUAUAAUCAGAGAGGGCAUAUAAAUAAAACAGUAGUUUUAUUUUUAAAAGCUAUGUAUUGUUUCCCAUAAUGAAUAUACUAAUUUGGAUUCAUACAAACAGUAUAAUAAGCAUUCUUUUCAGUAUACAUAGACACUAACUUUUGUGCUUUUUGGUGUUGAUAAUUGUAAUUCUAGCUAGAUCAAAAUGAUACCUCAUUGUGGUUUGAGUUGGCUUCUUCCUGAAUACUAGUGAUAUUUAGCAACUUUUCAGAUACCUCUUGACCAUUUUAUAUGUUCUUUUGAGAACUGUGAAUCCAGAAUUUUUGCCAACUUUUAAUUAGUUGUUUGUAUUUUAGCUAUUGAAUUUUUGAAGUUUUCUAUAUAUUUAAACAACCUCACCAUUUCAGAUGUAUAGUUAAUAAAUCAUUUAUCUCAUUCUA